UCCUCUCCCCAAAUUUUUCCCUUUUUCCAAUUUUGAGGGGAGGGAGGGGGAUUCGGCCUUGGUACGAGAUACCCCCAAUAUUUUUAAGUUUAAAGUGGAGGUAUUUACUAGGUGAGAAAAAAGUCGGAUCGCGGGUUUCGGAUAGGAAAAAAAGUCCGGGGGCUUCGGGUGACCCGUCCCAAUCCUGGUAUGUAUUCUAUUAGGCCUGGUGCAUUUUCGGUCUUUUGGGUACGGUACUGGUAUCAGGUGCAGAUCUGUAACCAGGAUUUUUUCGAGGGGGUGGGGGUAGGGGGGAAAUAAUUUUCACGUCAAAAAUUUUCGAGAGGGGCCACUGGGGGGGGGGGGGGGUUUGAGAGGAUUUUUUUGAGAGCUCCUCAUUAAUAAAUAUAAUUGAAGACUUCCCAAAUUUUAAAGUUGGCAACGAUGAAAUCCGAAGGGCAAAUUGUCAAAGAAGAAGAACCAUCUCAGGAUGACGUUGAUGACUUGGAAAUUUUGGAGAUUUUUACAAAAAGUGCAUCGCCGAGUGAAGCGUCGCACUAUAACGAUGUUUUGCAGCCAACUACUUCAAAGGAGGCAACUGAUAUUGAUUUGGAGAUUAUUGCGCUUGAUAAAGAAAAUGGUGAGAAUGCGAAUGUUGGAGGUGGUGCUUAUGUUGGGGACAAUAAUAUGGAUUGUGUUUCUGACUCUGAAGCUUCAGCAGUUUCUUCAAAAAAAUCUGAUGACGGUAUCGCCGUAGGGGAGAGUGCAAUUAGCCCAAUAGCUUCUCCAAAGAAGCAAGAAGAAAAUGAGGUCAAAAUGAAAGAUUAUGAGGAAGACGACGAUAUUAUCUGCAUUGAUUGA